AUGUGUAAUGAAAGCUUCUCACUCGCCUGGGUUGCUAUCUGCAAGCGGUAUGAUGUACCUCGCUUACUCAUCAGUGCUCAGCUCGACAAGCUGGUCAACCUUCCAGCACUCACCUCACGCUCUUCGAAACAACUCUACUCGCUCAUUGACCAGACCCACGAGGCGAUCAAUGCACUCCUCGCUCAGAAGGUCAAUCUCCAGGAUGGAGACUGCUACCUUCUCACUCACAUUAUCAUCUCUAAACUCGACCGCUCAACUCGUGAACAGUGGGAAUUGUCUCUGCGGGCUCCAGUAGAGUUCCCAAAACUCAAACAAUUGCGUCAGUUCCUCACGGAUUGUGCUCGUGCUCAAGAACGGUACGAGGAAAGUACCUCAAUGGCUGGUGAUCAGCAGAAACCCAGUCACUCGAACGCUCACUCAAGCUCCAAGAUCCAGAAGAACUCGUACGCUCAUGUGGCAACAUCUUCGGCUCCAAAAUUGGCUGGAACAUCAACACCAGCAAGCACUCAAUCCAAGGUGGUGGCCAAAGCACAGUAUCCGUGCGACCUGUGCCAAGGUGACCACUACCUGGACAGACGUGACCAGUUUGGCAAGAUGACUCCACAACAACGAACUCAGCUGGUGAUCCAAGCCAGAUUGUGUCCAAACUGCCUUGCACACCACCGAGUCGAGUCAUGCAAAUCGGAAUUCCGUUUUAGAGCGUGUCAACAACAACACCACUCUAUGAUUCAUCCAGGAAUCCCUGCAACUCACACUCAAAGGGCUCCUGCUCGAACUCAAUAA